AUGCUCUUCUCGUUGCUUUGUGGUGCCGCCACGGUGGUGACAGCCACAGCUUCGACUUUGGUAACUCGUGUCAGUCAAGAUGUACCAGUGGACGCAGCUUCAAGCAUUCUAGCGCCGUUCGUCUCGUUCUCAAUUGAAUUCUCUUCAUUCCCAGAUUUCGCAGGCAACAAAUCUCAGCCUAACAAAUUCUCGAAUCAAUUAUUGGAAAACCUUGGCCAUAUACAAGGCGUCAAACCUUAUAUUCGCGUUGGGGGUAACACUCAAGACUUUGCCUUGUAUGAUGCGAACCUCGAGACCCAAAUCAAUGGGACUGUGAUACCCUCCCUUUCCGAAGACUACCCGUCCAUAAUAUCUAUUGGACCAUCCUAUUUCGAAGCCUACGAUACUUUUCCAGGGGUCAAAUUUAGCCAUGGCUUCAAUCUGGGGAAGAAUACGACCGAGGGCCUCAACACGCUACUUGCCACAGUGCCGCUGGCUUGUAAAGCUCUCAGCCACGGCAAUUUUGCCCACUGGGAGCUGGGAAAUGAGCCAGACCUGUUCAACCGUCAAGUGCGUCCGAAAAACUGGAAGGAAAUUGACUACGUGGAGGAGUGGCUGUCCAAAUCCCGGAUCAUACACCGUCAGCUAAUGAGGGCCUGUCCCCAUUUGGCUCACGAGUACAAUUAUCUUGCUCCGUCCUUUGCAGGCACCGCCAAUGGAUUAGACCCAGUCAAAACAUGGCAGGCUGGGAUUGAUUCGGAUGCAGACAUCAAACUGAAUUCAAUGCACAACUACAUGGGAGGUGCAGAUUCUCCCGGGGUCACGCUGGCUCGUACCCUCAUGAAUCAUACCGCAGUCGUUGCCAAAGUCCAAAGUCACGUUGCUGUGAUGAAAAGCCUCGAGGCCAAGGGUCUCGCCAAGGGAGUCCCGUACAUCCUCGGAGAAAUGAACUCCCUCUACCACCAAGGCAAACCCGGUCUAUCAAACUCAUUCGGGGCCGCCCUGUGGGGGGUGGACUUCAAUCUCUAUUGUGCCUCUCAAAACAUUCGGCGAACACACAUGCACCAAGGAACAAAUUACCGCUACGCAUCCUGGCAGCCAAUCGAAACCAACAAGACCUCGAUUGGAACCAAGGCUCCAUACUACGGCAACGCAUUUGUUGCAGCAAUGCUGAGUGUGGGGACAAACAGGAGCCAUGCAGAUGUACAAGUGGUCAAUCUCCCUAUGGAACAGGAAACAGAGUCGGCCUAUGCGGCUUAUGUGGACGGCAAGCUGUCCCGGAUUGGGGUAGUCAACAUGCAGCAGUACAACUACACCGUUGAUACAGGGAGUACCGCCGUGGUGCGACCAUCUACGAGCUAUCAGUUUCAUGUGCCCGGGAUUUCUAGCAACCCCAUCCCUGUACGACGAUUGAUGGCGAAUGGUACCGACUCCAUCACUGGGAUCACCUGGGAUGGAUGGUCCUAUAAUUACGAGUUGGACGGCGGGAACCCCGUUCGGCUGUCUAAUGUCACGAUUGGCGAGACGGUGCAAGCGGACACUGAUGGAAUCAUUCGGGUCGAGCUGCCAUUAUCGAGCGCUGCGUUGCUGAGCUUUGGAAAUUAA